AUGGCACAAGUAAUCGAUCAAGCAGCACCCGAUCAGAUCCCUGCAUCCGAGAUCCCGGCCUUUCUUGGCCUUUCCCAACAACAGUCCGGUCUGUUGGUUGCCUUGUAUAAUGAAACCGAUCCCGAUUUCGCCAAACAGAUCCCGACCGCACUCCCCAUAGCAGCCCAACAACUUGCCGCCGAAUACGAAAAGCGCAACAGUAUUGGAAACAAGCUUGAGCGCGCAAAAGCAGAGUUCUUGGAUGAAUACAAUGCAUUUGAAAAAGUACAACAAGAAGCCGUUGAAAAGCUGUCAAAGAGCGACAUGAACAUUGACAAGGCUGCUGAAGGAUUGGACUUGAAGGAAGGCAGCACUAGCAGCAACCGUCAUGAUUUGCUGUUGGGCAGCUUUUUGUACGGUGGUGUGCGUCGUGAAGCUGCAGGCCCUGAAGAUCGCGCUGCUAUGAGCCCUGUGGCCAGUCCAAACUUUGAAGGUGCAAAGAGAUUGAUGGAACGUGCUUUUGAGGAUGGCUGCACCAUGGCAGCUGUACAGAUCGGCUCGUUCUAUGUCCAGGAAGACAAGUUAGCCGAUGGCAAGAACAUGAAGAGUGGUGAGGAUGCCAAGAAGGCGGCAUACCAAUGGUACAAGAAGGCUGCUGACCAAGGCAACCCGAUGGCGUGCCACAAGAUUGGUUUCUUUUCCGAAAAUGGCUACGGUUGUGACAAGAGCAUGGACGACGCUAUCAAGUACUAUAACAAGGCAUAUGACCAGGGCUAUCCAGACAGUGCACACAAUCUCGGCUUGAUCCACCAGGGCCACACACAAGAAAGCGCCCCACACAAGGAUAUUAAGCUGGCCAUGAAAUAUCUGGAGCAAGGCAAGCAAUGGGGCUAUGCGCCCUCUGCCAAUGCGCUCGGUCGACUGUACUUGCUUAUGUCCAAGAACCCAGACAUGGCCAAGGAAGCAGCUCUGGAGGUGGAGGACAAGGACGAAUACGUUGCACAGAACUACAUGGAACUGGCAUUGGUGCGUGGCGAUCCGGAAGCGUACAUGUACCUGGUGCGCAUCCUGCGUGCAAAGAUGGCAGCCAAGGCGGCGCUGGAGCAGGAUAAUCUGGACAACUUUGACAAGCUCAGCGUACAGGAUCAGGCCAAGCUGAUUCGCCAGGUGGCAAAGGAGGCUACUCCCGAAAAAGUGCGACACAGACAAUGUUCUAGUACUUUUUGCACAAAUACGGAAGAAAAGGAAGGCGACUUUAAAAAAUGCGGCCGUUGUCAGCGGGUAUCGUACUGUUCGCGUGAAUGCCAAAAGGAUCACUGGAAGCAUGGCCACAAAGCUGUUUGCUCAACGCCAACCACUUCGUCAUCAGAACCAUCAUCAUCAUCAUCAGAACCACCAUCGUCAUCAGCACCCGCCACCACUCAGUAG